UGCCAAGCAGCUAACGUAUUCCGCAGGUAAACAAGAACAAAGAACAGAAAACAUGGAUUGUGCACCGCUAAAUUUGGCACAUUUCCACGAACGCCGUUCAGAGCGUUUCAUACGGCACCAUCGCUAUGAAGAAGCCAUAAAGGCAUUGGAGACUUCGCUAAUAUAUUUACAGGAUGCCUACAAAAAUGUUCAACUGGCAAAGUCGAAAGAAGUGCUCGAUACCUUAACGCUUGACUUUCAGCGCAAACUUCGGCAAAUCGAGAUGCGGAAAACGCAACAUGGACUCACAAAGAUGAAAGAUUUCGUCCAGCUUAAGGAAACAAGUCCCAUGCUUCCAUUGAGGCCAGAACAGGGAGUAGGUUCAGCUCAGUCCGUGGCCAAGGCCAUUGACAAAACCGUACAGGACUUCGAUGCUAAGUUCACCUCGACCAUUGAACGAAAAGUCACCCCUGCUUUAGUGGAGCUUAAAGUGGAAACUAUGAUCCACAGCGAUCCUCAAACGGAAAGCCAGGAAUUCCACAGCCUUUCCACGCUUGAACGUAGCUCAGAGCAUGAGAUGCCUUCCCUCACUCCAUUGGAGCUACCCUCAUUUGAUUAUACAAUGUUUACCAGUUCGUCUGCUCCAUCCCUGGCCAGCUAUAUUGGUAUGGCCGAAAGUUUUCAAAAGUAGUUUGUAGUUAAAUAU